UUGCAAGUGGCAAAAAUCAAAGCCAAAACCGGCCCCGAACUCGAGUCCUCGCGCGAAGUCCUGCGCCCUGGUGUUGCCACUAAACCCCGCCCGCCACCGCGGGGACGGCGGCAGCCAUGCGCCGCCUCCUGGCCGCGGCAUGGCCGUGCGCUAUCCUCCUCCUCCUUGCCGGUGCGCUACGGUCUCCGGCGUUUGCGAGCUCCGGUGCCGCUGCCGGCCGCCCGGAAUGGCAGAUCCUGACCAGGGCCAACUUCUCUUCCCAGAUCCGGCUCCACCCCCACGUUCUUGUCAUCGCAACGAUGCCCUGGUAUGGUGAGUCCAGAGCAUUGAUGGCUGACAUAGAACAUUUGGUUGGUUCUGACGAGGAGCUUGGUCGCCUCAAGCUGAUGGUUGUAUACAGGAAUUCUGAGAAGUUGCUGACAGAUGCUAUUGGUGCCACUGAAGGAAUAAAGGUUGUAUACUACCAACAUUCCAUGCAAUUCAAAUAUCAAGGGAAGCUUCGUGCACGAGAUAUUCUGUCUUCGACGCGCCAUAUCAUGUCACUUAAGCACGAGGAGACCCCAUUUGAAGUUUUGCAUACAAAAGAAGAUGUGGAGACUUUCAUUGAAUCAACUGAUAAAUCUAUAAUCCUUUAUGAAUCCUGUGGAUGGUUCACCAGAUUGGCUCAUGGUCAUGCCGGGAGCAACCAGACUUAUGAGGUGGCUUCAUCAAAUAACCACACAGAAAAUGUUGACAUUUCUGGGAAGACACUAACCAGAGAAUCAGAUGGGCCGCUAGAGCUUGUUAUAGAGGAUGAAGAACUAACCUUUGGAGGUGCGGGCCAGCUUACUGGUUCUUCUUGGAAAGGUGGGUUUAACUUGGCAAAUGGAAGUGUCUCUGAGCAAAUUGGAAACACAGACGAUGGAAAUAGAAAGUGUACAAUGCAAAAGUUCCAUCAGUUUGAAAGCUUCUAUGCAAAGCUUACUGCUAUAGCAAGAGAAUCUUUUCUUCCUCCAGAAAUAGCUAGAUUUGGUCUUAUAACCGAAAAAUCAUUGCUGCCAUCACUGGAUGUUGUUAACGAAGGCAACCCAGAGACGUGGUUUGUCGUCACUCAUUAUCUGGGAUGCACAACUUGUUCCAUUAUUGUGAAAGAUGGAGAUGACCUUGGAAAUAUAGUCCAGUCCCACCAUAUUCUGGGCAUUAAGGAGGUUGGUGCUGAUGAAAGUGGUGGCAAGGCUAUCUUCCCUACAAACAGGCCCUCGAUAAUUCUAUUUAUUGAUAGAUUAUCCCAUUCAUCAAAAGUCAGAGAUGAAAGCAAAUUCGUCAUCAAGUUACUAAGACAGUACGUCCAAAAUAACUAUCCAUUUCAUGUCAGUACUAGAGUUCUAAGUAGCAGUACCUCGAAAACAAGCUCAGAAGUGGUCGAUUCUUUGAGAAAUACAGGUAUUUCAGAUUCCCAUUCUGAAUCAGGAAGGCUGAGUGCUUGGGCCUCUAAGCUUAUGGCACUUGGGGACAAAAUGUCAGUUAUGGUGGUUAAUGAUGGAGAUAAUAUUUUAUACAGAACUUCCAGCCAUGAUAGCGGCAGUAAUCCUUUAUACGAUGUUUUGACUAAGUUGCUACACAAAACAAGACCAGGGCAUAGGUUAAAGAAAACAAGGAUAAAUUUAGUUACAAAAGAUGUUGGCCCAAAUAUGCUGUCAGAUGACUCUAAAAUUCAGGUAGUCAACUCUCUAUCAGCUCAAGAGAGUGAAUACAAAAGGGUUCACAAUUCAGUUGCCACUUCAGAUAAUUCCAAUGAUGAUAUUGCUGAAGUUUCUGUGGAUGAAAAUACAGCAGAAGAAACUGAAUAUAUCGAUGAUGGGCAAGCGCCAAGUAUACUUGAAAAGACUCCAGCAACUUACCCUUAUGAAAAUGAUAAUGAUAAUGAUAAUGAUCUUGAAUCUGAUGUUGCAGAAGUGGAGGACCAAAGCAAAAGUGAAGCUUCAGAUAGGAGCCCUGAUCUUCAGGAAGACGUCUCCUUCAAUGCAUAUAGUAGUGGUGAGGUUGAAGGUAUAUUGCAUAAACGCAUAGUGGAGAAAACAGUUACAGAAACGUUUGAAUCUGAUGAGAGAAACAUGCAUGCGGACCAAGAGGAAUCAGUAUCAUCAAAUGAGCAAGAUGAUGGAUCUUCAGUCCUGGAUAAAAAAUUCAGGAAAAAUGAAAAUGUCAUUUACGAGGAGAACACAUGCAAUCUACAUGAAGGAUCAGAAGAAAGUGAUACAAGAUGUCCCCAUCAUGCAACAUGUAGCUCUUCCUGCAGUCCUGUCAAAGAUGACACCGACUUUACUGAGCAUGUAACUUCAAGUAUAUCUGAUGACCGUUUUGCUGGUUCUUUCUACUUCUCUGACGGUGGUUACAGGCUCCUGAAAACUUUAACUGGUGGAUCAAGAAUUCCAUCCCUGGUAAUUAUUGAUCCAGUUGAACAAAAGCAUUACGUCUUUCCUGAGGAAAUUGAGUAUAGCUAUGCUUCUUUACAGAAUUAUCUUGACAGUUUUACGAAUGGAAGUCUUCCUUCAUAUUACCAUGUUACCUCACUAGCUAUAAGUUCAAAGGAGCUUCCAAGGCCACCUUUUGUUAACCAUGAUUUCCAUGAGGCAAAUUCGAUCCCUCAGUUGACAACAAAUAGUUUUUGCCCAUUGGUCUUUGGAUCUGCAGGCUGUGAUUCAAAAAGUGAAGUACCAUUUUCAAACACUGAAAAUCUUUCCUCGGGUUGGAACAAGGAUGUAAUGGUGCUUUUCAGCAACUCUUGGUGUGGGUUUUGCCAGCGAGCAGAGCUGGUGGUCCGUGAGUUACACCGGUCAUUUAAGAGCUUUUCCAGUUAUUCAGAUUCUUCAUCUGCAAAUGCUCAAGAUGUGCAAGUGCACGCUGAAGGGAAAAAUGAAAAAUACGCCAUGAAGGGUUUUCCAGUGAUUUACAUGAUAGACUGCCCAUCAAAUGAAUGCCACCAUUUACUGAAAUCUGCAGGCAUGGAAGAGCUUUAUCCUACAUUGUUGCUUUUCCCUGCGGAGAACAAAAGUGCAAUAGCAUAUGAAGGGGGGAUGUCAGUGGCUCAUUUAAUCGAAUUUUUGGAGUCUCAUGUGAGCAAUUCUCGCCAUCUAUUGGAAUAUAAAGGAUAUAUGUGGAAGAAGAGAAUGGCAACACAGCAAGAUGCACCACAGGCAAUUCAGUUUCACAUAAGUGAUAAAGGCAGCGGCAGUGUUGGUUCUGACUUACCAAGUCAUUCAGAUGUCAUUACAGGAUCCAUCCUCACGGCCACUGAUAAGCUUGGGACCACAGUUCCAUUUGAUAAUGCCAAAGUGCUCAUUGUAUCUUCUGAUUCUCAUGGAGGCUUUCAUGGCUUGAUCAUCAACAAACGAUUAAGCUGGGGAAUCUUCAAGAAUCUGGACAGCUCGAUGGAGCCUAUCAAGUACGCCCCACUUUUCUAUGGUGGGCCUGUUGUGGUGCAGGGUUAUCACCUUGUGAGCUUGUCAAGAGUAGCCUGGGAGGGGUACAUGCAAGUCAUACCAGGCGUCUAUUAUGGGAACAUAAUUGCCACAAGUCGGGUAGUCACACGGAUCAAGUCGGGCGAGCAAUCUGUUGAUGACCUGUGGUUCUUCUUAGGCUACUCGGGGUGGGGAUACAACCAACUUCUUGAUGAACUAUCUGAAGGAGCAUGGCUUGUCAGUGUGAAGCCGAUUGAGCAUUUGGACUGGCCAGAGACUUGAAAGGGUUCUCUGGACCUCUGUCGUUGCUCCAAAUUUUUUUUUUCAGUCCACCUUGCCCAUACCUCCCAUCACUGCAACAUAACAUUGUACUUCACCUUUUUGGAUUAGAGAUAUAGCAUCCUGUGUUUUCAGAUCAUGUUCACACUGUACUAUGGCGUCACAAAUUUGUUAUACAUAACGCUUUGAUAGUCAAGACUUCGCAGUUGUCCCUGUGAAGUUAUGUUAGAUCAUCAGUGGAAUUUUAUUUGAAGGAA